CUCGAAAACAACCCAAACAAGGCCAUACAAUUUCCCACAUAUAUAUAUAUAUAUAGCUAAAUUUCCCGCCAUUGUUUGUUUCGGUAGUUCAUUCCGUCCUCUCGGCAAACCCUAGAUCGCCAUGGAAGAGGAAAUCAAAGCAGAGUUCAAGAAGAACGGUUUCAAUCUCGACGAAGAAGAAGAGAUUUUGAAGAAAUGUCUCACUUUCUGCAUACAAUACAAGCUCAGUCCCGCCGAUCUUGUUUCGAGCUGGGACGUUUACUCUCUCAACAGGCAACUGGAAUUGACAGUGCAAAAUGCUCACAUGGAUGCAUUCUUGCUGCAACUACAAAACGAGCAGAAGGAAGCAAUUAUCAAAAAAGAGUCCGGUUUGCAUUUGUACUCCAAUGAUGUCGCAAUGCUAUUGAGUGAUGAACAUGAAGAUACAAAAGAGGGUUUUCUUGGCACUCCAACAGAUAGAUCCGAUACACUUGGUGCAGAACCAUUUGAUUCGAUACACAAAAUUAAUGGGGAGACUUUCUCUUCUAUAAAGCCUUUAGAAUCUGUGACGCCCUUUGGCCAAAGAAAGAGUAAGUUUGUGGUGCAAUCCACUCUCAAUGACCUGCCUAAUGUAGAAAACGUAAAAAAAGAGCAUGAUCAUCAGAUUUCAGAGGAUGACAUCAUAAAGAGGGUACAACCCAGCUCAAGGUGCUCCUUAGUUAUCCAUGGCUCCCAGCCUGAACCAGGUUGCAGGUUCAUGUAUGACAAGAUUGAAGACAAGUUCAAUUUUCUCGAAAAUCGCAUUAGAAAGCAUGCAACAGCACUUGUUGCUUCUGGUCUGUUUGAGGAACCGAUUGACCCUACAGUUGCUUCACAGAAAAGUGUAUUUGCAGUUGGCAUGAUCUGCUGUGAAGAAGAAGGCCGUUUGAAGGAGAAGCCUGUCUUGCUGCAAAGCAGUGUUGAGCAUUCUGGAGGGCAACGCGUGCGUCUUGACUUACAAAAAUUGAGCCAAUUUUCAAUUUUUCCUGGUCAAGUUGUGGGUGUUGAAGGGCACAAUCCUAGUGGACAUUGUCUGACUGCAUCAAAAAUUAUUGAUUAUACUCCCUGGUCGGGUUCUGCCGAUGAGAAUCCUCAUCCUACAAAGAAACAAGUUGUUGAUCAGGAGUUUCAAUUAACUGAUCCAUCUCAUGUGCUGGCAGAGCUGUCAAUGAUUAUUGCAGCAGGUCCUUUUACCACAACUGACAACUUGUUCUUUGAACCUCUAACUGAGCUGCUAGCAUAUGCACGUAGAAAGCAGCCUCAGUUGCUUUUAUUGCUGGGACCAUUUAUUGAUUCUGAACAUCCAGAGAUUAAGAAAGGAGCAGUAAACAGGACCUUUGACGAAAUAUUUCGUCUUGAAAUCCUUGGAAGGCUUCAAGAUUAUGUGGAAUAUAUGGGCUCCGCUGCACGUGUGAUUCUCGUGCCAUCUAUACGGGACGCAAAUCAUGACUUUGUUUUCCCUCAGCCUGCUUUUGAUAUUCAGCAAGCCGAUCUCAAACAUCAGAUAACCAGUCUUACAAAUCCAGGGAUUUUCAGUGCAAAUGAGGUCAGGCUAGGUUGCUGUACUGUGGAUAUUCUCAGGCAACUUAGCGGAGAGGAGAUCUCACGGAAUCCAUCUGGGGGAUCCAAGCAGCGCAUGAAUAGACUUGCAAAUCAUCUACUUAGCCAGCGCAGUUUCUAUCCUCUAUACCCACCAAUGGAAGAUACUCCCGUGGAUUUUUCUCUCGCUCCAGAGGCUCUUCAGAUCCCUUGUAAUCCAGAUGUCCUAAUCCUAUCCUCUGACUUGGCUCAUUUCGUGAAGGUGUUGUCAAUUGGGGAUAAAAAUGACGGGGAAGAGCAAGCGAAGUGCAUUUGUGUUAAUCCGGGAAGACUGGCUAGGGGCGAAGGAGCGGGUUUCUUUGUGGAGCUUAACUACGGGGGAAGCCCUGAUUCAACCAGUGCUUCAGUUAUAAGCAUAUAGACCUUAAACUACCGCAUGUAGUGAUUCAACAAGUGCUUCAAAAAAAAGUAAACCCUAAACUUAUAGAGCUUGCAGUUGCAGAUGAUAUCAGUUUGUUUGGAAGCAAAAGUGGACACCAAAUUCUAAUGGAGGAGCUUAGCACCAUGAAGACUGUUUAUGGAGUGCUGUCAUGUAGUACUAGUUUCACAUCACAAUUAAGGUGAUGUUACUAACAUGAUGUUCUAUUAAUGUAUUUAAACUUAAUUCUUAUUAUUGUCUUUUCAAGGUGGCAA